CAUACAACAACCUUCAACAUCCAGGUCUUCCCUUCCAUUAUUCUCCUGCCUACCUCAGAGGCAUGCUAUUUCCUCGCGUGAGGAUCUCCUUCAUCCGACUCCGCCACCCUUCGCCCCUCGACUCUCUCCGCGCGGGUUCACCCUCCUCCUCCAGCUACACCACACCCUUCAGCACAUCCUCACAAUGCCGCGCAACAAGUCGAGAACCGACCCUAUAUGAGGUCCUCGACGUCCCCAUAACAGCCACCACCGCCGAAAUCAAAAAACAAUUCUACUCCCUCUCCCUCCGCCACCACCCGGACAGAAACCGCACAGACCCGCACGCAACAAACCGCUUCUCCCGCAUCUCCUCCGCCUACAGCGUCCUCUCCAACGCCGCCAAGCGCUCCACCUACGACCGCGAACACGGCAUCGCCGCCCACCUCGCCUCAACCCACAGCACCGCCCACCCAGGCCAACACCCCAUGGGCAGCCACAGCAGCUACGGCGCAAAUCUCCACAACCACGGCGGCGGCGGGUCCUACGCUGGUUCCCGCCCAGCUAGCGGGCUCAGUAAACGCCGGGGUGCGUUUCGCGGGCCACCGCCUAGUUUUUACGCUCAUGGGGGGUACGGGAAUCGUAAACCGCCGCAUGGGGCCAGUGCUGGGUUCGCUGGCGCUGGGGCGGGUGCGGCAGGAGGAGGGACGGGGGGGACGGGCAAAACCGGCAGUCGCAGCGACGACGACCACACAGACUUCAUCAAUCGCAACCCGGUGAAUCACUUCAACGCGCGGGGCCACUACCGCACGCAGACGGCGGAGGAUAAGCGGAGACAGCAGCGGCAAACGCGCGCGCGGAACGCUGCGAUUCGAGAGCACGAGAUGGGUAGCUCGGCGGACUUUGCGUUUCGGUUUAUUGUUGUUUGUGGGAUUUUGGUUGGGGCGGGGGCUUUGGCUGGGUGGCCUGGGGCGAGUGGGAAGCCUGGUGUGGGUGGGAGUGGGAGUGGGAGUGGGAAGUUGGGAGGUGGGGAGAGGAGGGAUGGGGGUUUGGCUGGGUAA